AUGCAGCCCUGGACAAAAAGAUUAGGAGCAAAACGCGCACGCCGCCAGCCAGCCGAGUCGGAGGCAUUUGUUGUGGAGCACGAAACAGAUCCAGAAAUCGCCGAGGCCAUCUUCACAAUAUUGAAUGACAGGCAGCGUAACGAAGAUCUGGUUCAUGACAUUUGUCAGCAGUUGUUGGCCUUUUAUCGUGCUCCCGAGGUGACGUUACACAAGUUUCCAUUACAAUUCCUACCUGUGUUAAUAUACACGUACCUGCAUGCGGUAUCCGCGGGCGACAAAAAAGCGUCGCGAGGCGUUGAAACGCUGCUCAUAUGCAUUUAUAACGGUGAGGUGUCCACCGAUGAUGGUGGCCAAAAAGUGUUAGCAUUUCGCAUGCCCAUACUGGCGCAAAUGUCCGUGUACCAUGAACUAAAAAAUUUGCCCAUGACCGAUCUGCGGCGAUGGGAGGAGAAUUGCAAUCGCGAAGUCAAGUGGGGUCCACAUUUGCGCAUUGAAUCCAUUAAUGCUCAAAAUCGUAUGCGCAUAAUGACUGCUCUGCUCUUCUGCUACAACCAGGAAGUGAGUCUGACGCAAAAAUCAUCGCUACUCCACCUGUGCCGCGUUACAUCGCAGCUAGUCAAUCAAGGCUUUACCACCAAAUCUGGGCAUGGACAUCGCAUGAGCUACGGCUCUGAUCCAGCAACGGGCGCUACUUUUCCCAAGCCCUCUUCACCCAGAAUACCGCUCUCUGCCUCAUUUUUAAUAGAACUGGUGCAUGCAAUAUACUAUGCCAUGUUCAAUGGCUAUGGCACAGUUGCCAUACAGACGCUGGAGGAUAUUCACAAUCGUGCCACCUACGAAAUGUAUACGGAACUCAUAUUGGUUACAAAUGCAAUAAGAAACUCGCUGCAUGCGAAUCCAUCGGGUCAACCAAAUGAUGGUCCCAUGGGCCUAAGCGUGGCGCUAACACCAGCCACAACAACUGUCACGACUUCAGUUUCUAAAUCCAUGAUUACAAAUGCAUCAUUCCGCACGAAAAAGUUACCCGAUGAUAUACCCAUACAAGUGCAGGAUCUCACGAUGCCACAGGCGCCGCAGCAGCUGGCCAGCGUCACAGAGGAGGCGGAGCCGGGUAGCAAGGAAUCGCCAUCAACUAAAGAAAGCAGCGGCACGCGAACUUCCAUAAUAAGACCCAGUAUGGAGGGCAUCAAAGCGCAGGCACACAAGGCGCUUAUUGCGGGCUUCAAAAAGUCCAAGGACAAAGAUAAGGAGAAGGAAAAAGAAAAGGACAAGGAGCCACCAAAACCACCGCAGCGUAAAUUCGAUAAACAUACGCAACGCAAUUCGCUGCUGCAGCUGCAAUCCCAGACCACAGAUGCAGUACAAGAGUACGAGAAGAAUCCAUUGGCAGUGAGCAAGUCCAAGACAUACGAUGCUGUUACAGACGUGCAGCCCAGCGAGCUAUUGCCCAUGCAGACGCUGUCGCUGAUCAAUGAGAAUGGCAGCAAUAGCUUCAGCAUUGAUAGUGACAUGAAUGAUGGUCAUGCGGGGCAUGCGGCUGGGGCUGUGCCGACCUCGCUGCAUAGCAAUACGGCUUCCACCAUUACCAGCAGCGAUAUGCUGACCAAAAGCUUUGAUUCCAGCGUGGAAUUGGCGCACAGCAAUAGCAAUGGCGCAAAACUGAACGCUGAACAUGGCCUGGAAUAGGCGUGGCAUUCCGAGUUCAAUAUGCAUAAACCAAUUAGCCAAAAUUCAAGUAUAUACAUAUUUAUUAACAUAAUUACAUUCGCACGUUACCGUUUUGGGUAUUAACUGAUGAACAAAGUUGAAAAUUUUGAGAGCUCAGGCCCCAAGACAUUAUCGUUGGCUGGCUGGCGCUCUUUGAACUGUAAAGUGUAUAAUUAAUUGUACCGCAGUAAUACUUAAAAAUAUUUAAAUUUGUUAAAUUUUUGAUUGUCACACUUAGUUGUUCGUAUUGUAUUCUAAUUGUUGGUAAAUUGUACAUUACUAAUAUGUAACUUGUUUAGAUUUAAGUGUUUAAAGUCCCACACUCACAUAAAAGCUAAAAUAUAUCUUAAAACUAAAAACAAACAAAUAUAUAUACAGUAAAGUCUCGAUAAUUUAGGCCUUGAAAUCACGUUCCAUUGUAACUCCGAAUACUAUGUAAUCUUUUCCAAUUCAGAUUUGCUAUAUACUUUUUGCAAUUAAUGGAAUUUAACGGCUUUCUGACAAACAUAAUGCUGCAGAUUAUCAGGAUUGUACUGUAUAUAUAUAGUCAGGUGCAGAACUUAAUGAAUUUCAUAUUGAAUUUACUUGUCUUUAUUUUUCUUGGUCAACUUGUUGGCGUUACUAAAUGUUGAGCAAUUGCAACAUAUAUAUACAAUACAUAUACAUACAUAUAUACACUAUAUAUACGU